AUGGGGAAGUAUAUCCUGGCCGUCAACGCCGGCUCCUCGUCCGUGAAAGUCACCUUCUAUACCUUUGAGAAUCCCCCGCAAGCUAUCGCCGAUGCGCAGGUCUCGGGCAUCACGGCCCCGCCACCCACCCUCAAAUACCAGCGGGGAACCGUGAAAAUGAAAGAGGAGCUGAAGGAGAAGAUGAAUAGUCCACAGGAUGCGUUCCAGUACAUCUUACAUCGCUGCUUCAACGAUCCCGAGCUGUCCGAGGUUGCUAGCGAUCGUGAUCUAGCUUACAUCUGUCACCGGGUGGUGCACGGCGGGGACUACCGUGAGGCUGUCGAGAUAAACGACGAGACACUCCAUCAUCUGGAGGCAUUGGAAGAUCUGGCGCCAUUACACAAUUUCUCCGCCCUGGAAAUCGUGCGCCUGUGCAAGAAAGAACUCCCGAGUGUCACGAGCAUCACUUAUUUCGACUCGGCCUUCCACCAGACCCUUCCUGGCUACGUGAGAACAUAUCCGAUUAACCAGCAGGUAGCCAAGGCAAACGGAUUGCGGAAAUAUGGCUUCCACGGCAUCAGUUACUCAUUCAUUCUGCGCUCAGUCGCUCAGUUCUUGAACAAACCCCAAGAGCAGACCAACCUGAUCGCAAUGCAUAUCGGAAGUGGAGCUUCAAUUUGUGCUAUCAAGGAAGGCAAAUCAAUCGAUACUUCCAUGGGCCUGACUCCGUUGGCAGGAUUGCCAGGCGCAACACGCAGCGGUGAUAUUGAUCCUUCCUUGGUAUUCCACUACACCAGCGAGGCCGGCAAAUUGAGCCCUGGAAGCACCAAGGAGAUGCAUAUCAGCACGGCUGAAGAGAUCCUGAACAAGCAGUCUGGAUGGAAGGCUCUGACCGGCACAACCGAUUUUUCCAAGAUUGCAGUUGAGAACUUCCCGUCCGGGGCUCACAAACUUGCCUUUGAUAUCCUAGUUGACCGAAUGCUGGGGUACAUCGGUAACUACUACUUGAAGCUAGGCGGGCAAGUAGACGCCCUCGUCUUUGCUGGCGGCAUCGGCGAGAAGAGCGCACUACUACGGCGUACACUGGCCGAAAAAUGCCAGUGCCUGGGCAUAGCAAUUGACGCAAAGGCUAAUGACAAGGGGCCAGAAGAUAAAGCGACGGUCAAGGACAUCUCCCAGGGCGCCGGCAAGGGGCCUCGAGUGCUGAUCUGCCAAACCAAUGAGCAGUUUGAGAUGGCAUACCACACCGUUCAAUUGCGACUUUGA